CAUUGCAGGCAAUAUAUUCGGUUUCCAUUCGCUACUUGACAGUGUCACUCUCUCUCUCUCUCUCUCUCUCUCUCUCUCUCUUAAAACCAUCUCUUCCUACACUACAAGCCUCAUCUCAAUCUCCAACUCCGACCCUUUUCAGGUGUUUGUGUGUUUUGUUUUGAGGAGCUGAGGAUAUUUGAUAAUGGCACACUUACUUUCCACUUCUUGUACUCUUAAAAUUGCUCCUGGAUGUAAACCAAAUUCCAGAUUAAACCAAGACUCAUUGGCCUUUUCAGCAUCAUUUUCUUUCCAAACAUCGAAAUCGCCCUUUAGAAGCUUUCGUUUGCCAGUUGAAAGGUUUAGAACAAACUCUACCCUGCAGGAAACCACAAUUCCAUCUUCUGGUUUUCGUGCUAGCUCGGGUGAAGGCUCGAAAGCAGAGAAGGUUAUGGUAAUUGGUGGUGAUGGGUACUGUGGUUGGGCCACAGCACUUCAUCUAUCCAAGAAAGGUUACGAGGUUGCCAUAGUUGACAGCCUUGUUCGUCGCCUCUUUGAUCAGCAGCUCGGUAUUGACUCGCUCACUCCAAUAUCCUCAAUCCACAGCCGUGUACGUCGUUGGAAAGCACUUACAGGAAAGAGUAUUGAACUCUACAUUGGUGAUAUUUGUGACUUUGAGUUCUUAUCAGAAACUUUUAAGUCAUUUGAGCCUGAUGCUGUUGUUCAUUUCGGGGAGCAAAGGUCUGCCCCUUAUUCGAUGAUUGAUCGAUCAAGAGCUGUUUUUACACAGAAUAACAAUGUGAUUGGAACAUUGAAUGUGCUUUUUGCUAUAAAAGAAUAUAGAGAUCAUUGCCAUUUGGUUAAGCUUGGGACAAUGGGAGAAUAUGGUACACCAAAUAUUGACAUUGAAGAAGGUUACAUUACAAUUACUCAUAAUGGAAGAACAGAUACUCUUCCAUACCCGAAGCAAGGUAGCUCAUUCUACCAUUUGAGUAAAGUUCAUGAUUCAAACAAUAUAGCUUUCACUUGCAAGGCUUGGGGGAUCAGAGCCACUGACUUAAACCAAGGUGUGGUUUAUGGAGUUAAAACUCCAGAAACCGAUAUGCAUGAAGAGCUAUGCAACAGGCUUGAUUAUGAUGGUGUGUUCGGGACAGCAUUGAAUCGGUUUUGUGUUCAGGCUGCUGUUGGUCAUCCACUUACUGUGUAUGGCAAGGGAGGCCAGACUCGGGGAUACCUUGACAUAAGAGAUACAGUUCAAUGUGUUGAACUUGCCAUUGCAAACCCAGCUAACCGUGGUGAGUUUCGGGUUUUCAACCAAUUCACCGAGCAAUUCUCUGUUAACGAGCUUGCAGCUCUCGUUACUAAAGCAGGGAAGAAUCUUGGGAUCGAAGUCCAAACAACUUCUGUUCCAAACCCAAGAGUAGAGGCCGAGGAACAUUAUUACAACGCCAAACAUACUAAACUGAUUGAAUUGGGACUUCAACCACAUUUACUUUCAGACUCUCUUCUUGAUUCUUUGCUGAACUUUGCUGUCGAGUACAAAGAUCGGGUUGACAUGAAGCAGAUAAUGCCCAGUGUUUCGUGGAAAGGAAUCGGAGCUAAGCCAAAGACUGUUGCUGCCUAGUCUGGUUUUUUUGGAAAUGGUCAGUCAGUUGUACUAAUUGGACAUUUAGUUUAGUUUUAGUUCAGUUCUGUCUUAGAAAGAAAAAAAAUGAAAAGCACACAAACAUUAUAAGCUGUUGUAUAGUUGUGUGAUGAUGUUUGCAUACUAAGAACAUUGAAAAUUUUAAAUCCAUUCAUGGGAUGAUCAUAGCUUUGUUGAAGAA